AGUUUAUGUUCAGUUCAGUCAGAGUCAGACCAACGUCCCUUUUACUUUUACUAUGCCAACGUCCAAUCAACUAACUUUACAUUCACAAUAAAACAGCGAUUUAAAGGAGUACUUUUAUGAAGAAAGCAUCCUGUUUAUGUUGUUAGUCCGAAAUAUCCGAAGAGAAAACAUCAAUGCAGGCAGUUUGUGUUGACGAGGCUGGGAAACUGGGUGUGAAACAUGUUCCUCGGCCUGAACCCAAAGAUGGCCAGCUCCUCAUCAGAGUGUCCGCUACCGCUUUAAACAGAGCUGAUCUUCUACAGAAGAAGGGUCUUUACCCACCUCCCCCUGGAGAGAGUGAAACCUUGGGACUGGAGGCCAGCGGGGUGAUCGCUGACAUCGGUCCUGGGGUCAAGGGGAACUGGAUGCUGAGAAGUAAAGUGAUGGCUUUGCUCGGAGGAGGCGGCUAUGCAGAAUAUGUUGCUGUUCCAGAAGAACUCAUCAUGCCUGUUCCGUCAAACCUCAAUCUUCACCAAGCCGCAGCUCUUCCUGAGGCCUGGCUGACUGCCUACCAACUUCUGCACUUCAUAGCCAAAGUGAAGCCGAAUGAGACGGUACUGAUUCAUGCUGGAGCGAGUGGAGUCGGCACCGCUGCCAUUCAGCUGGUUCGCUUAUGCCGUGCCAUUCCAGUAGUAACAACAGGGAGCCCUGAAAAGUUAACAUUUGCAGAGCAGAUUGGAGCAGCUCUGGGAAUCAAUUACAAAGAGGAGGAUUUCUCAGAAAAAGUGCUGCAAUUCACUGAAGGGAAGGGAGUCGAUGUGAUUCUGGACUGCGUUGGUGGAUCUUUUUGGGAGAAGAACAUUUGUAGCCUUGC